AUGACCUGCAUUAAAACGUGUCAAAGCGCUGAGUUCAAGAACGAAAUUGAGGAAAUCAACAAAAGCGGGUUUAUUAGUUCAAAAACGUCCAAGAUUCGUUCUUUAACGCCGUUUCUUGAAAACGGUAUUUUGCGAGUGGGCGGCCGAUUGGAGAACGCUUCGGACUUAGAAAUAGCAAAACAUCCUAUUAUCUUGCCCUACGACUCGCAUCUGACCAAACUGAUUGUGGCAGAUGCCCAUGAACGUACUCUUCAUGGCGACCAGCGAGCUAUGCUGAACUACUUAAAGUCAGCUUACUGGAUAGUACGAGCGAAGGACUUAGUGAAACAGCACAUUCACAAAUGUGUGCGCUGCAUUCGUCACAAAGCCAAGAUCCAAACGCAUUUGAUGGGAGCCUUACCGCCGGCUAGAGUUACUCCAGGUAGAGCGUUUAUCCGCAGCGGAGUUGAUUAUGCCGGACCUAUCAAUUUAAGAACUUCAAAAGGCCGAGGACAUCACUCAUACAAGGGGUAUGUGUGCUUGUUUAUCUGUAUGGUUACCAAAGCCAUACACCUAGAGGUAGUGAGUGAACUUACCUCUCGUGGAUUUCUUGAGGCUUUCAAGAGAUUCACAUCCAGACGCGGCCGCUGCUUAGAAAUCUACAGCGACAACGGCACAAACUUCGUUGGAGUUGCUAAAGAAUUAAAGGACCUUUUUAAUGCACAGAAGUCAGCUAUAAUCCAAGAAGUAGCGGAAGGUCUGGCUUUAAAUGGUACCACGUGGCACUUAAUUCCUCCUAGGAGCCCGAACUUCGGUGGAUUAUGGGAAGCAGGUAUUAAGUCUACCAAAUACCACAUCAAAAGGGUUAUUGGAGAGUCGACACUUACGUUUGAGGAAAUGGCGACUCUACUCAGCCAGAUCGAGGCCUGCUUGAAUUCACGGCCUAUCUCAGUUGUACCCAAUGACCCAAAUGAGCCAAACCCUUUAACUCCGGGUCACUUUCUGAUAGGAGAACCUCUAGUUACGGUUCCAGAAAGGAACUAUGAAUGCUCGAAUAUUAGCACCCUUAAGCGAUGGCAACUGACCCAGCGUAUGCUACAAAACUUUUGGCGUCGUUGGUCUAACGAAUACUUAACCCAUUAUUUACAGCGGUACAAGUGGGCACAUCAAGUUCCCGAACCUAACGUUGGGGACGUUGUUUUGGUGAAGGAGGAUGAUCUCCCUCCGUCUAAGUGGCUUUUCGGCAGAAUCAUGCAGAAACACCCUGGCUCAGAUCAACUGACCAGAGUGGUAACUAUCAAGUGUAAGAAUACUUUGAUAAAGCGACCAACGUCUAAACUUUGUGUCCUGCCGGUAGCUAAUUAG